UUCUUCGCUGAAAAGAGCAUAUCCUCACCUUUUUCUUAUUUCAAACGUUAGAUUAAUACUUGGGGUCUCUAUUCAGGCCCUCAGUGAGAAUUUCUAGGCCGAUUGAAGGUCCGCCGUGAACCAUUCGUUACGAGGCCUUAUCACCGCAGAUUCCUCUCCUUGAGGAGACUCCGGCCAUAGAGACAUCAAAAUGGUCGUCUGCAAUUUCUUCCUACAAGGCCGGUGUAGAUUUGGAGACCGCUGCAAAAAUGAACAUCCGGGCCAAGCUACAAUGGGCACGUCGGGGAACCGCUUUGGGGCUCUCUCUGGCGGAGGUUUCGGAGGCCGUACAGGACCCCAGGCUCAACAAGCACAAAACUACAGCGUCAAUGCGGAUGAUAUCAAAACCGACUUGACCGCUGGUAAAGGACGGCCAGAAUGGGUUUUCUCAUGCUUUGGUCCUGGACGGAAUGCUCCAAGACAACUCUUUGGAGGUCCCCAGCGCGAACACAGUUUUGAAGAACUACGACUACGACAUUACGAAGCAGCAGCAACAGGAAACGCAGAGCAAGCGGUACAGGAAGCUCAGAUGCUCUAUGCAGAAUCAGUGAACCAGAUGGAAGCCGCCCUGCGUGAUAUCAGCGGAGCUAUCAAAUACAUCCUGGACGGGGCUAACGAACACCCGAAUCGUAUCGAUAUUACAGAGGGCAAGACUGGUCCUGAUCCUGGUCCUGGUCCUUCUUUCUCUCAGCCGUCAGCAUUUGGAACCCCAUCCUUUGACCAGCCUUCCGGGGUUGGUCAGUCAGCAUUUGGAAAACCGUCAGGAUUUGGUCAGCCUUCAGCAUUCGGGCAACCCUCUGCACCUGCGCAGCCCUCUGGUUUUGGGCAACCAAGCGCCCUGGGAACAGGUUCAGCAUUUGGACAGCCAUCCGGUGUAGGAGGAGGGUCUGCUUUCGGUAAGCCGGCGUUUGGACAACCCAGCCUUGGUCAGCCUUCCGCUGGUCAACCGUCCUCAUUUGGCCAACCGGCAUUCGGGCAACCCUCGUUCGGUCAGCCAUCGGCCCCAGGAGCAGGUCCCUUUGGAAAGCCUACCACUGCAUCGCCUUUUGCCCAGAUAUCGGGCCAGAAUCAACAACCAGGUGGCGGUUUUGGUCAACCAUCCGGGCAGACUCCGUCUCCAUUCGCGCAAAUAGGUCAACAACCACAACCGCAACCCGCUCCAACAGGAUUUGGUCAACCGUCCACGACUGGCUUCGGUCAGCCCUCACAAACAGCAUCGCCAUUUGGCCAACCAGCAGCCUCAUUCAGUCAACCAACACAAAACCCCUUCGGAGCCGCUGCUCAGCAAUCGCAACAACAACCCACGACCUCACCAUUCGGUCAGCCCGCCGCUGGCGGAUUUGGCCAGCCUGCUGACGCACCUACAGGAUUUGGUCAACCAGCCCAAGCCCCAGCCCAGGCCCCAGCCCAGGCUUCAAUUCCAUCACAACCAGUGGGCACAGGACCACCGCCGGUAAUCAGGGUCGACGACGCGAAAGAACUCAAUCCCAUCCCCCCUCUAAACGGCCAGACUAUUCGAAACUCUCUCACGAACAAACUCACUACGUGGAAGGGUCAACCAGUGGAUUACAUCGACGGUACGCCGUGUUAUUUGCAUCCACAGGAUCGGCAGACUUGGGUUCGUAUCUUCUUCCCCGAUGGGCCGCCGGAACAGGCCAGUCUUAGAGAUGCGCAAGGGAAACCGGAGGAGUAUACACCAGAGGUUAUGGAGCAGUAUGAGUUCUUUUUGCAGAAUGGGUAUUUUAGGGAUGGCGUUAUUCCGAGUGUGCCGCCCAAGACGGAGUGGGUGAGCUUUGAUUUCUGAGGAUUAUGUUUUGCAGCAUUUUUCAUGCGACUACUGUAAUAUACCAUGGACAACAGUCAUUACUUGCUUACUGCUUACACCCUACGGAAUUUAGCAUAUGGCAAUGGCACAAUAAUCUUUUAAAUCCGUA